AAAAGCUUGAUAACGUGGAAUGUUGUUAAACAACUUCCCACGGGAACUCAGAUUUGAGUGUAUAUUAAUUUGUAACUUCGUCUAGUGAAUAGACGCGUCAGUGAUCUUGUACAAUGAUUUAUUUACCUCAGAUCUGUCCACAACCCGAUUGGCACGGAAUCAUUCCUGAAAUCAGUGACCAUAGUACUGCAGACACCUCAUUUUGGAUCUCUUGCUACCGGAAAGGUUACACCUCCAUUCAUAGUAAUAUAAACGUUGAGCGAGUGCACGGCGCACAAAAGCUAAAAAUUCGCGGCGAAAACGAAGUUGAUGUGGAGUAUAUAAACUCGAGAACUUUAAAAGCAUCAUGUCCAAAAAUCGGCGUUAAAGAUGCUAUCAUCCAUGCGCCCCGGAGAGAAUGGAAAUCGCCCCGAAGCAAGCCUAUACUUGCAAUUGAUGCAACGUCCGAUGGCCAACUGUACGCUUAUUCUUCGGAACAGCAUAUUGUUGUGGCCGCGCUGGGAGACAAUGAAACCCGGCAGAUGAUAAUGCAAGGGCAUCUUGCGGAUGUCACUGCAGUUCGCUUUUUUCCAAGCAAUCAAGUACUGUUGAGUGGUGCAUCGGAUUUUCGAGCCAAAAUAUGGUCCAUACAGGAUGGAAGUAAUCCAGUAACGCUUACUGGUCAUACAGCAGGCAUUACCGACUUGGCGAUUGUAUCUAGAGGAAAAAACGUAUUAACGUCAUCAAGAGACGGGACUAUUCGUUUAUGGCACUGUGGAACUGGGUCUACGAUAUCGGUACUGGGUAAUUACAACGUACCCGUGACAACAAUGACGCUGGAAUCGCUGCCAAGCAACUAUAAACCUGCUGACCAAGCCCAACUAGAUGAGCGAGAAUUCGAAACAGCCGAUAAGAUGAUACUUGUGGGUCUAAAUGAUGGAAGUGUGAGAGGAAUUCAUCUCGGUACAAAACAGGAGUUCUUUUCGAUCCAGUCUGGCUAUGACAAAGUGUCUGCACUCAAAUAUGAUACGAAAAGUUCGAUAUUGCUUGUCGCAACCAUGAACGGUUUAGUGCAGGCGUAUGAGCUAGUCGACCCGAGCAAACCACGUCUUCAGUGGCAACGAUCAGAUCAUGCAGUGACCGCACUUGUCAUCCACCGCACUGCCGACGAUGCCUUAUUGGCAUAUGUGUCAAAUGCGGACGGAAGCAUAUAUUGCACGAAUGAUCUCAUCAGUGUGAUGAAAGACGAUGGUGACCUCGCGUUAUCCACCGAAUACUCAGGAAACGAACUUGAACCGAUUAAUUCCAUUGUGUUAGCGGCAACAGAAUCAGAUGACAAAACCCAGAUAUUAUGUUGUAAUCGCGAAGGAUAUAUCAAGGUUUAUUAACAGCAAUACACAGAAAUAAACUUCCUUUCU